UUUACCUUUUUGCUAUUUAUAAUAAAAUUUGUUUCAUACAGAAUUCCAGACAUGAAUAGAAGAAACCAUACCAACAUCUAUGAAUUUCUUCUCGUGGGCCUCUCUGAGUGGCCACAGCAGCAGCCUCUCCUAUUUGGACUCUUCCUGGGCAUGUACCUGGUCACCAUGGUGGGGAAUCUGCUCAUCAUCCUGGCCAUUGCCUCAGACCUACACCUCCACACCCCCAUGUACCUCUUUCUAGCCAACCUGUCCUUUUCUGACAUUGGUUUCAUCUCUACAGUAAUUCCCAAGAUGCUAGAUAAUAUUGGCUCAGGAAGUAAAAGGAUUUCUUAUGGUGGGUGUCUGACACAGCUUUAUUUCUUUGGCCUAUUUGCAGAUCUGGACAACUUUCUCCUAGCUGUGAUGGCACUUGACCGCUAUGUGGCCAUCAGCCACCCCCUCCAUUAUGCCAUGAUCAUGAACUACCAACGCUGUGUCCUAUUAGUGGCUGGAUCAUGGGUGGUCACUACCUUCCACGCCCUAGUGCAUACCUUCCUGGUAACGAGGCUUUCUUUCUGUGGCCCCAAUAUCAUCCCCCAUUUCUUCUGUGAUUUUGUCCCACUCCUGAAUCUGGCCUGCUCCAGUACUUAUGUCAAUGACCUGGUGCUCAUCCUUGUGGCAGGAACAUUGCUAAUUGGACCCUUCAUCUGCAUCCUUACAUCUUACUUUUAUAUUGCAUUGGCUAUCCUAAGAAUCAAUUCCCCAAAGGGUAAGCAAAGGGCAUUCUCCAACUGUACCUCCCACCUCUCUGUGGUCUCUCUGUUUUAUAGCACAGCUAUUGGGGUCUAUUUAUGUCCUCCAUCAUCCCCCUCAGGUGGAAAGAAUAGAGUCUUCUCAAUAAUGUACACAGUGGUGACCCCCAUGCUGAACCCCUUCAUCUACAGCCUAAGAAACAGGGAUAUGAAAGGGGCGCUAGGAAAACUACUCAGAAGAAAAACACUCUAACAUUCUUUCUCAGGAUCUCAGGGUCCUGAAUCCAAGGCUCGGAACUGGGAGUUGAAAUUGGCUGCCUGAGAGUCUAACCACUGUAGCUUCCCUGAACCUGAAACGUCUUUGUUUCUUAUGUUUAUAUUUCAAAGUACUGAUUAACACUGAGGACAGGGAGGGACCAGUGAUGUCGGUAACCUUAGAUCAUCUUUGUGAAGUGCCCAGGCUCUGAGAAGCUUAUUAUCCACUAUCAAAAUGGCUCUUGUUAUUUUUACUGGUGGCUAAGAGAAGCCUGUGGGUGGAGGGACUUGCACACUUAUAAAAUGAAACUGAAAGCCCAAAAUUUUGUUUUGCUCAACUUAGAACUAUGGAACACCCCUUUAGCUCAAGAAUAUAGGAUUCAUUAUUUCUGGUAACAAGAAAUACAAAGGAAAUAAUCU